CCAUCCAGCAGGUUGUGUCACAGUUUAUCCCCUACUCACCCACCUACCUGUUGAACAUUUACAUCAUUUAUUUGCAAAAGCGGGGGCCGGCAGUCGCUGUCGAAGAACAAAGUGAAAAACCUAGGCCGUGGACAGGUAAGGGAAAAGGAGGGGAAGACAUCGAGGAAAGAAGGAAGUAAAGAAGGACGAGAGGAGCGUUGGGCUGGAACUCAACAGGUUGGCUACUUCAAUGUUAUAGCAGCGGCUCGGACUUUUUAAUUCCCCCCCUCUCCUUUACAUCGACACACAAACAAACACUAAAAUUAAAAUGCCGCUGGGACCAUGGAGGAAAAAAAACAAGUCGACGAAAGAGCAGCUUGUGGACAACGAGGAGGUCAGUGGCGGACACGCAGGUGCCGGGAGCUUGGCUAAAUCCGCCGUGAAUGGAGCGGGGCUGCCUCCUCCACCUGCCAGCCAGCGGCCCAAGCUCGUCUUCCACACGCAGCUUGCUCAUGGAAGCCCCACCGGGAGGAUCGAGGGAUUUGGCAACGUGAAGGAGUUGUAUGCGAAAAUAGCCGAGGCGUUUAAUAUAAGUCCACCUGAGAUCCUGUUCUGCACCCUGAACACCCACAAGAUUGACAUGGAAAAGCUGUUGGGGGGGCAGAUCGGUCUCGAGGACUUCAUCUUCGCCCACGUUAAAGGGAUCAAGAAGGAGGUGGAAGUGCGUAAGUCCGAGGAUGCUCUGGGUCUCACCAUCACCGACAACGGAGUGGGCUACGCUUUCAUCAAGCGCAUCAAGGAGGGCAGCGUGGUGGACGGAGUGAAGGUGAUCUGCGUGGGAGACCACAUAGAGAGCAUCAACGGGUGUAACAUCGUCGGGACCCGGCACUACGAGGUCGCCCGCAUGCUUAAAGAGCUGCCCAAAGACAAAACCUUCACCCUCAAACUGGUCGAACCCAUGAAGGCCUUCGAAAGGCUCGAACCCAGAUCGAAGGGCGCCAAACCUGCCAGUGAGACCAAGGUCGGCACAGGGAGGGGGACCCUAAGACUUCGCUCCAAGGGUCCAGCAACAGUGGAGGAGGAGCCGACAGAAUUUGAGGAGAAAGCCGUGAAGAAGGUAGACGACCUCCUGGAGAGCUACAUGGGCAUCAGAGACACUGAGCUGGCCGCCACGAUGGUCGAGGUGGGCCGCGACAAGAAGAACCCGGAUGAGUUCGCCAUGGCGUUAGACGAGACUCUCGGAGACUUCGCCUUCCCGGAUGAGUUUGUCUUUGACGUGUGGGGCGCCAUCGGAGACGCCAAGCAGGGAAGAUUUUAAGUUUGGCUCCGGCUUCCCUACAAAAA